AUGAUUAUUCUGAAUCCGAGUAUGGCCUACGACAUCCCAGGUUAUUAUGGCACGGUCGGUUCCGGCCGGUUAGGUUCCAGUCAUUUCCUGGCCGUUUCCUGCAAACUUCCAGCUGGAAACGGUCAGGAACUGAUCGGAUAUUUCCUGUGCAAUUCCGGCCGGAAUCCGGCGGCAAGGAACCUGCCGGAACUUGCUGGAAUCGGCGGAAACUGUGUCGGAAUCGAGAAGAGCUGUGCCGAAACCGACUCAGAUUUCAACGGAUCCAGUCGCCGGAAUGAUCGACCUGGGAUGUAUGAAUGUAUUAUGGUGUUGGAAAUUACUCGAAUAUGA